AUGUCCAUUGGGAUAUCAGCAAACGAAUUAAUACUUAAGUGGAUAAUUAAUACUUAUAGAUUUAUAGAAGAUAAAGAUUUUUCCAAGAAUCCAUCAUCACCAGCCCUAAUUCCUAAGACUAAUUCUACUUUUCAUCAACUUUUUACUUACUGGAAUAGAUUGUCGUCAAGUGGAAGAAAGGCUAUACUCUUAAGUUCAAUUUCAUUAUUUACUACCUACUAUAUAUUAGCACCUACUAUAUUUCCAUCCAAAAAAAUGUUUACUAAGAGACCAGAUAAGCAUACUACUGGAUUAAUCAAUCUUAGAAAUGACUGUUUUGCCAACUCUACGUUGCAAGCUUAUCUGUCUUUACCUGGAUUGACCGAAUAUUUAAAUAAAUUUAUCGGAGCAUAUGAUACAAUUAAGAGAUUAUUGCCCGAUUCCAAAUUCGAAGAAGAAAUUGAAAAGGACCUGGCUAAACGUGGAAUUCCAUUACAUAUUGCCUUGGCAAAAAUUUUGAAAAAAUUACAAGAAACUCAGCUAACUACCAGAACUGUUAGUGUCUGGACAUUUUUGCACACUUUAGAAACAAUAUUUCAUGCAAAAAUUUCAAGAUCCCAACACGAUGCCCACGAAUUAACUCAAUUGAUCAAUGAAACUUUAGAAAAUGAGAACUUAGGCUUGCAAACUCUCCUUAAAACUCUAUUAGAAAAAGACAACAAAGAAGUAAACAUUGCUAUCAAGGAACAGUUAUCAGGAUUAGAAGCACCUGAAUUUCCAUUGAGUGGAUUAACAUUAACCCACAUGGUAUGCUUAACAUGUAAACAUGUAAGUACACCUUCUUUUGUUCCAUUUCUAAUGUUGACCUUGAAUACCCCAGAAAAAUUUAAUACUGAGUUGGAAACCAUACUUGAUGAGAAUGAAAGCGAAACGAUUGAAGGAUAUCAAUGUUUGAAGUGCAGAAUUUCCAAAAUUGUUGAAAAUGAGGAGCAUUUGAAAGCCAACGGUGAAUCUACUGGCGAUGAUAAAGAUAUGCUUACCAAAAUUUUCACCUUAGAUAAGAAUCCACAAUUUUGCAUCAAUGACGAUUUACCAAAAGAGUUAGAAGAAUACAUCAAAUCAUAUAAGAAAGGUGGGUUGGAUAUCUCUAAAAUCACUUCGACUGUUAUGAGGAAGAAUCAAAUUUUGAAGCCACCGAAGAUUUUUGGGAUUCAUCUUUCUAGAUCAAGUUUUGAUGGAGUUCAAAUCACAAGAAAUUCCUGCAGAGUUGCAUUCAAAGAUCAAUUAACUUUAUCUAUAGGAAAGGAAUAUAUCGACGAGCUACAAAAGUUCAAAGAAGACUCUUCUAAAGAAAAAAAAGAAGGUAUCAAUAUUAAAUCUAAGGUCUUGACAACUGAUGUCAAUGAUAUGGAAGAUGAAGAAGUUCAGAGAGAAGAUAUCGAUGAAAAAGGAGAAGAGGACGACGACGAAUUCACGGGCUCUAGUGCGACUGAUACUGAUGGAAAUAGUGGAGACAAUCAUACCGAUGAAACAGAUGAAGCACCUGAAGCUGAACUCGAUGAUGAUUCUUCUUCUCUUACGUCCACAGAGUCUGUUGGAGGGGAAUCAGUAACUACUUCUGCUACUUUAAAGGGGGGCUCUACUAUUACUGCCACACCUCUGAUAUUUUCAGAGCAGGCACCUUCUUCCAGAGUUCCUGAGACUUUAAAUAACGCACCAAUUACUGAAGACCAAACGGAUGACUUGAAAGGACAUUUCAAAAGCUUUAAAUUCAAUGAUAAUGAUGUUUACAAAUACAGGCUUAAAGCUUUGAUCAGACAUCAAGGUUCUCAUACUCAAGGUCAUUAUGAAUGCUACAAGAGAAAGCCAUUAUUCGUGAAAGAUAAAGAUGGAACCAUUUUCAAGCUUUCUCCUGAGAUCGAUGAUGAACUUAUAAAUGAUGAAAGAGAAACAGAGAAAAAAGAAGGACCAGAUGGUAAGGAUGCAGUUGCAGUCAAGCCAAUGUCGAGUGAAGAUCAUCAGAGAUUUAUCAACUCCAGUGAAAAUGGAGAACUGAAAGCUGGAAGUAAUCAAUUCCGUAGAAGAUUUUCUAGUAUAAUGGGUAGACGUCCAUCCGUUGUUCAAAGUCAUCAUGCAGAUUUAAAUAUCCAGGAGAUAAUUCACUCUGGCACUCAAACCCCAGCUGAGAUUCUAGUGGACAAUCCUGAGCAGCAAGAUUAUUUCAGUGCAUUUAAGGAUCCCUUCCCUCAAGAUCGCAAGAGGGGAUCAUCCAAGGCAGACAAGAAGGUUAAAAUGACAAAAAUUCCCUCUUUGAUCAAAAAUCCUUAUUGGAGAAUUAGUGAUUCUCAAAUCGUUGAAGUAUCUCGUAGUGCAGUUUUAUUUGAAACUGGCAGUGUUUACAUGCUAUACUACGAAAGAGUAGAUAGAAAGCAAAUCAAAAGAUCAUAA